AUGCGGGGGCAUUUCGUCCGUCGUGCCGCUCUCAGAGCUGCUUCCAACGCCUCUUUCGUCUCUAAACCUCGCACCAUCAACACCACUUCCCCAUUCGUUGUCAGAGCUUCAAACGAGAGAAUAUCAACAGCAGUAUUCCGAAGAUUUGCAAGUGAUGAUGCACAUGCUAGAGAAGAGAACGCAGAUGCACAAGAGGAAGGAGCCGUUCGAUCAGCUAUCAAUUCUGCCGCAGAGACCGUCUCAGAGUAUGCCUCAGAGGCCAAGGAAACCGUUGCUCAAGCAACUGGAUUCGGAUCCAGAAACGUUGGCUUUGGUAGCAGGGACAGAAACGCAGAUCGUCCUUCCAUUGAGCCUAACAAUGGUGUCUACAUUGGUAACUUGUUGUUCGACAUUACCGAAGAGGAUCUUAAGAAGGAAUUCGAGCACUUCGGAACUAUUACCGAUGUCAGAGUCACUAGAGAUGCUAGAGGUUUGAGCAAGGGAUUUGCCUACAUUGACUUCGCAGAUGUUCAGUCCGCAACUGCAGCCAUUGAAGCCAAGAACCAAACUAUCUUUGAGGGCCGCAGACUUGUUGUCAACUACGUCAACAGAACACCAAAGAUCAGAGAUCAAAACCCACCUUCCAAGUGCCUCUUCAUCGGAAACCUCGCCUUCGAGAUGUCUGAUGCCGAUUUGAACAGCUUGUUCCGCGAGGUUAGAAAUGUCAUUGACGUUCGUGUUGCUAUUGAUAGACGCACUGGACAGCCAAGAGGUUUCGCCCAUGCAGACUUUGUUGAUGUUGAUAGUGCCAUGAAGGCUCUUGAACAAUUACAAGGAAAAGAGGUCUUCAACCGAAGACUGAGAGUUGAUUACAGUCUUGGCGAGAGAAGCGCUGGAGGCCGUGAGCGCAACGAUCGUGGAUUCGGCAACAAUGACCGCGGUGGACGUGGAUCAUACGGUGGUGGACGUGGAGGAGGAUAUGGUGGUGACCGUGGUGACCGCGGUGACCGCGGUGGAAGAGGCUCAUCAUUUUAAGGAGAAGGCUGAAUAUUAGGGUGUUAUGUCGACUAACGGGCGAAUCGAUUAACGAAUGAUCGAAUGAACACUUUGUAUGAUGAAUUUGGGUAGGCGUUAGUCAUCUACUAGAGGUGUAUGGGAAGUCUCAAAAGUUGCUGAAUCUUCUAUGCAGCUCUACUUUUAUGGACGCUUCCUCUUUUUCGCCUUGUAUUAUAACCCCCAGAAACUUAUUCGGUCGUAAUACAAAGGCUUUGAUCUGAUCAGGCAUGACGAGUUGAAGAUCUGAAUCACAGCAAGAAUUCAUAUAAAUUCCACUCAGUGCAUCUUACAGAGUGUAACUUUUUUAUUCAAAAUGUACAAUUUUAUACCUCUCGCCAC